AUGAUCAUAAUGUUGCAAUUGAAAACGCAUUUCAAAUACCUAAGAAUGAACAUCGAAGAGGUGCUUGACGAUGCCAAAAAAGAGUUCAGUUCAAUAAGUAAAAUCGCCUCAAAUUUACUCAGUAAAAGUAACGUCCCGUGGCUUUAUCAACAAAAACAGUUAAAUAAAAUUAUUGUGCAUCACAACUACAUUAUAAGAAUUGCAAGCGAAACUGAGGAAGUAUUCAACAAGUGUGUUUUAGUGAAUGUUCUUAGCUUAUCUUUUCUAAUUUGCAUCUUUCUGUUCCGCAUAGUAAAUGUGCCACUGUUUACCGUCGAAUUUUUUAAACUUUGCAUAUACUUGAUUGGAGCAAGUGCCUUAUUCUUCGGGGAUUGCUAUCUCACACAACGAGUCCUAACCGAAAAUGAAGCACUCGCCUUUUCGUGCUACGAUGUUGACUUUGUAGGCACUAGUUUGCCAUUUCAAAAAUCUUUAAUUUUAAUAAUGGCUAGGGCGCAAAGAUCGAUUCGUUUUACAGUGGGAAAAUUUGCACCAUUGAAUAUUGUUACCCUCGUUACCAUUUUGAAGGCGUCAUAUUCUUAUUUCAUGUUACUUCAACACCACCGCGAAAAAUAGUCACAUGAAAAUGGAAUCGAAACGUUAAUUUGUUUGUAAUAUAGCACCUACGGCCAACUGCAAAUUAAAGAUAUGCCACUCAUUAAUAUUUUCAGCUUACACUAAUCACUUUUGCACGGGGGUCUUGUAAUUUAUUGACUUUUCAAAAUAAAGUCGUGUAGGGUGUUAUUGAGGGAGAGCCAUGGCCCAUGACACCGAUGAUACCAAAAAUGUAAACUUGUUAACUAAACAAUCAAAAAAUGUAAUAAUUUUAUUUAAGAUGACUGUGAAAUUUUCUA